AUGGCCACUGCAAAGAGAGAUGUUGUUCUAAUUUUGUGCUCUAUUCUGGUUUGUUGUGUGGAUGCUGGACCAAGAGUAAGGCCAGUUGUUGGUCCUGAUAUCUACAAAGGUAAAAAUGUAGCUAAGGAUGUCCUUGCUCCUGGUGAGAAAGUAGUUAAUGUCAUGAGCUUUGGAGCCAAGCCUGAUGGCAAGUUUGACUGCACUCAGGCUUUCAUGGAUGCAUGGAGAGCAACAUGCAAGUCCAAAGUGCAAGCCAGGCUUCUGAUCCCUCAGGGAAGAUUCCUAGUUUCUGAAAUGUUUUUUGCAGGGCCAUGUUUGACUCCAGGGCCCAUAACAAUCCAAGUUGUAGGCACCGUAGUGGCUACAACAGAUAUAAGUGAGUAUGUGGAUGGAGAAUGGCUCAUGUUUGAGGACCUUUCUGGAAUAAAACUUAUAGGUGGAGGUACUUUUGAUGGGAGUGGUAAGGCUUCAUGGGCACAAACUGAGAACUGUGAAACAGACCCCACCAGCUCAUGCGUUAGGGCCCCUAGCAGCAUAUAUUUCAACAAAGUCAACAAUGGAAUUAUACAGAACAUCAAAUCCGUUAACCCCAAAGGCUUUCACAUAUUUGUCACUAACUGUGCAAACAUCAGACUUCGGUUACUAAAGCUCAGUGCACCAGAUAACAGCCCCAACACUGAUGGAAUUCACAUUAGCCACUCCAUCAAUGUGAAAGUAUCCAAAAGUAGUGUUGAGACUGGUGAUGAUUGUGUCUCCAUGAUACAAGGGGUCAACAAUGUUACCAUCAACAGAUUAAAUUGUGGUCCUGGACAUGGUAUUAGUAUUGGAAGUCUUGGAAAGUAUGAAGAUGAGUUAGAGGUGAAAGACAUUCGUGUCCAAAGCUGCAAAUUGACUGGCACAACCAAUGGCCUCAGAAUCAAGACAUGGCCAGAUAAGUAUCCAGGUUCAGCAUCAGAUAUCAGCUUCAAUGACAUUACCAUGGAAAAUGUUAAAAAUCCUAUCAUCAUUGACCAAGAGUAUCAAUGCUCUCCUAAUAACUGCAAAAAGAAGCCUUCACUUGUAAAGAUAAAAAAUGUUGGAUUUUCAAAUAUAAGAGGAACCACAAUUUCACCACUUGCAGUGGAUUUAAGGUGUAGCAAGCAGUUCCCAUGCCAAAAUGUUCAACUUCAUAACAUAGACCUGAAGCUUGGAACCUUGCCUGCUGGCUCUAGAUGUGUCAACAUUAAACCUGUCUAUGGUGGCUUGCAAAGACCAACAGCUUGCCUAUAAGUGCCUGACUUGAAAUUACAUGCAUUUUACUGCUCCAGCAAUUAAGAGGAGGGAAGGGAAGGUUUUGGACUAUUGGACCUAAUGGGGAAAACAUGUGCACUAUAUAUUGAAGUUGGGGAAAAGGUUUUCAAGGAUGGUUUUGAAUCAAAAUUAACCAGCCGAACUCAAACCUACUUCAACCCUUAAUCACUUGCUGUCUGAUUUCCAUUCUCUCCCCUUGAACAAUAAUUAGACUUCUUAGCUAAAUAUUUGAAUUAGUUGUGUUGUAUAGAA